CGUAGUUAAAUUUUCAGUAUUGAAAGGUCGUUUCAUAUCGGCUGAUAUUUUUCAUACGCAACGCUAAAAUUUAGACUUACACAAAAUGGACAUGAGCCAGUUCAUCAUUCUGCUGUCAUCAAUCUUCAUCCCGAUCAACGCCGUUCGUCUCCACAAACUAUUCCAAUACCUAGACGGCUUCAAAUCCAACCACAAACUCCGAGGGUUCCUUCACGUUGGCAACGACUACGCAGUCUUCCUAAAACUGCCAAACCCUCACGACAAAUACCUAAUAUACGAACUGUACGAAGCAAAAAACAUUCCAGACCGAGGCAAGUACAGUCCACGACUAUUAGCAAUUUCAAAAGUACCAGUAAACUACAUAAAAGAGCAGCUGAAGAUAUUCCGAAGCGAACUUUAUAAAGCAAAAUAUGUCGACACUAAUGUGGUACCUGGAACGCAAGUGAAAACUCUGAGGGAAUGGCAAAUAGAAAAAGCUCUGAAUUUCGCCAGCGAAGGCAGAGCUUUUGAAAAUAAAGCGCCUAUUCUUAGAACCGUGCUGUAAUCAACAAACGUAUCAAGUUUCAAAAGAGUUCCAACUAAAAUAACACUUAUUAGUGCUUCAUCAUUAGUCUCUUCGAAUUCAGUAA